AUGUCGCGCCAAUCUACCAUGCCUCAGCGUCCCUUGACGCUCACAGAGGAAUUAGAGAAGCUGGAGCAAUCCAUCACCCUGACGCUUCAAGAGAUCGAUCAUAACUUCAGUCGUGCCCACCGUAUUGUCACCACCAGUGUUCUUCCCGUUGUCGAGCAAUACUCUGAAGCUUCCCGCGAUGUUUGGGAUGGCGCAAAGUUCUGGAAACAAUUCUUCGAAGCCAGUGCCAAUGUUUCCCUGUCUGGAUAUGAGGAAAAGCCCGACCAGGAUACAACUGUUGAAGAAACCCUCACGGAAGAUGACUCGGCCAACAUCUCUCAAAGCAACCUCACCGAAUCCGAAUCCUACCAGACUCCGUCUACCGAACGCAUCGACCACGAUCGGAAGCCCGACGAUAUCGAUCUCACCUCUUUAAGCCUUUCAUCACACAGUACUCCUCGCGCUAUGCAUGAUAAUCCGCUCAACGACUCGACCGUCACCUCCUCGAUCGCCCAUCCAUCCCCUUACGGUCUCCCCGAAGGCGACCACGAUCAUGACUAUGACGACGACUCCUACCUUCCAACCACCCCCGGAAAGCAGCCAUCGCGCGGAACUCAUCAGCAGACUUACGGCGACGAUCUCAUGUCCUCAUCUCCCUUCAUUCCACCCGUAUCGCACGAGAAACCGGGCGCCGACCCCGUCUUGCACCAUCUCAACGACAGAACCUACCGCGUUCAAGCCACACCCCUCGGAAAGGGCUACGAUGCCACGCGGUCCCGGUUCGCCGUCACCCCAAAAGCUUCUGCCACGAAAUACGCCUUCGAGGACUCCCCCAUGUCCAGUCCCGAGCCCGAAGCCCCGCAACUCAACUCAGAGCUUUUCUCCUCCCCGCUUAAACCCCAAACCCCAGGUACGGGCCGCAAGUCACGCCCAAGCGGUAGCCGGCCACGCGGCACUCCAAAGCCAGGAAAAAGCGUCCUCACACCGGCCAAGGGCGGUCUCGGCAAGCGCAGCGACUGGGACAGCGACGAUGACCAGUUCGGUGACGAGGACGAAGACGAACUUGGCGUUAGCCCGCCCAAGACAAUGCAGUUCCAUAUUCCCCAGAGCCGACUUAUGAAGACACCAGCCAAGGAAGCAUCGAGGCGAAUCGUGGAACAACUGCUUUUCACAGCUGGUGCGAACGACACCACAGAGGAGUUGGGGGACGACCAGAGCCCGAGCGUUAUUCGGCGGGUGGAGAGGCUUGAGGACGAUACCUUCUAG